GUGUCGCCUCCAGAAGGGGAACACCUGCUGCUCUGAGGCCGACCGGCGCAGCGUUGGGGGAACGCCAGCGGCUGAGUCAGCGGAUCGGUCCUGCGCUAAGGCGAGGGGCUGAGUAACUAGGCACGGGCGCUGUGGAGAGGCGCACGUCCGUGAAGAGCAGGCGGGGACGGCGUGGGGAAGUUUGUGACGGCACAGAAAGCUGGACAGCAGAUCUCAGCCUGGGGUUGCUGGGCCUCUCUGACCAGGACCUUCUGUAGGCGAUCCCGCAGUCGUAGGUCGCGUGCAAGCGACUCCUCGUGCCAGAACCGUGCGUGGGCAACUUGGCAAGAUGGGAGUCGGUGAGAAGGGUCCCCUGCUGUCUUCCAGCCGGAAGCCCGGCUAUGGAGCCGGCGAUACCGGCAACGGCAUCUCCUACCAAGAGAGCUUCGUCUUGCCGGUGGAUGCUGACGCCAGCUCGGACUGCUGGCCGUGGUGCCGGCCCCGUCUCGGUGAUAAAGGCAGCAAUGUUCCAGAAGAUCACUGCCACAGACAGCGGGAUGUCGGCCUCAACCGCAAGGCCACCAAGCAGCUGCUGAUCGCCACCAGCCUCUGCUUCUGCUUCAUGAUCACCGAGGCCGUGGGCGGGUACAUCUCCAACAGCAUCGCCGUGCUGACGGACGCGGCGCAUCUCUGCACCGACCUGUUCGCCUUCAUCGUGUCGCUCAGCGCUCUGGCCGUGGCUGCGCGCGCUCCCAGCGUCCGCAUGAGCUUCGGCUGGAAGCGUGCAGAGGUGAUGGGCGCCAUGAUUUCGGUUCUGCUUAUCUGGGUGAUCACGGCCGUCCUGGUCCAACUGGCCGUCAACCGGCUGCUGAAUCCCAACUACCAGAUCAACGCGCCCGUCAUGGUCGGCACCAGCGUGGCCGGCAUCGUCAUCAACAUCAUCAUGGGCUGCGCGCUGAACCAGGACUCGGUGGGAUCUGACGAGAACGUCAACAUCAACGUGCGCGCCGCCUUCAUCCACGUGCUGGGUGACCUCAUCCAGUCAAUUGGGGUCUUCGUGGCUGCCAUCAUCAUCUACAUCCGGCCGGACUGGAUCAUUGCCGACCCCAUCUGCACCUUUAUCUUCUCCGUGAUCGUCUUCGCCACUACGCUGGGCGUACUGAAGGACACCGUGCGGGUUCUGCUGGCCGCGACGCCGUCGGAGCUGGACCUGUCCGAGAUCACAUCCAGCCUGCUCAGCAUCCCCCAAGUGGUCGGCAUCCACGGCCUGCAUGCCUGGGCGCUCAGCAUGGACUCCAAUGCUGUCAUGGUCCAUGUGGAAGUCAAAUACCAGGACGACCACGGAAAGGUGGUCGAACGGGCCACCGACAUGCUCAGGAACAAGUUCAAAUUUUACGAGAUCUGCGUACAAGUUGAGCCAUACAAGGUCGGCAUGGACAGCUGCGACAUCUGCAACGAAAACAAGGGCCUUGUGACGCGCUCGGGCUUCACCGCCAUCUGAAGCUGCCAAGCCGGGGCCUGCACUGUGUCUGCACCAGGGCAGAGAUGCCUUCCGCCACGGAUCUUCUAGAUAUCUCCGCCUCAUCCAUGCCGCAGGGCACUGGAGCGCUCUUGUUUGAAGCUGAACCGUUUCCGUUCGCGUGCCGUAUUUGGUAAGGGAUAACUGGUGAGAAUCCACCAAAUGUUAUUUCCCAUUCCAUAUAUCACCAAAUUCCCACGUUAAAGGAGAGCGGGGAAGCGCCGCAUGUGGCUAAACUGACGCCACCAGGGCAGGGAUGAGGAGGGGUGGAGGAGUGCGUGAGGUGUCUAUGUAUGGGUCGGCAGAGCAUAGUCGGCAGCAUAGUCUAGGUCGGCAGAGCAGGCAGGCGGGACGGAGAUGGCACAUCACCAAACGUCUGAAGUGGAAGAAGAGAACGAAAAGCAUUGGCGUGACGACGGGGUUGCAGAGAUUAGCUUGAGAGAGCGAGUAGCAGGAUAAAGACCGUUCAUUUUCCCCGUCCACGGUGCUUUACGCCCUGUUGAAUGCGGCAGAGUGCGAUCAUGGCUCUGGAAAAUAUUGGGUGCUUUUAACAGCUUGCUUUUCCACGUCAUAAUCCCUAGAUUUCCUUUGCGGAUAUUUCCCAGUGUUCUAUCGGGAUGCCAUGUCGCCACGAACGAUCGUGUAUGCCGUGCUCGUACUAUGUUGCCUGUGCAAUGUGUUCAGAGUCGAGUCAGUCGCAUGGGUGCACCGGUGUAGGGGAUUGAAUGGCGACCGCAUGGGUACACCGGUGUAGGGGAUUGAAUGGCGACGGGAAGCGCCAAGUGCAACGACUUUUAGGUCGACUCCAUUGUUAAUGCCAAUUAACCGUUAUACUCUGCUUGCAAUAUUACACAUUUUUACAUUAAUCUUGGAGACAUAUUUCCAUUGUGUCCGUAUGCAUGCUGCGGGGUUUCGAGGAAGACGCGUUAUAAUCAUGAUUCUAGAAACAGAAAGAAUGCAUCUUUCACGAGGAGCGUUGAGUGUCAGCGAUGUCAGUUGCAUGCUUAGAUUUUAGUGCAUCGACACCAGUAACUUUGUCUUGAAUGUGUAAGGUGUACGGCAGAAAAACAGCAUUUUGCCCGGGUGAUCCCAGCUAUGUUUAAAAUGGGAGUAGUGGAUCUUUCCACAACAAAGCUGUUGAUUUAUACUCCAGCGAGCUUUUGUAUGUGGAGUGGUGUGCCAUGACAUUUAUGAUGCGCUUGUUUGCGUGCUCAACGGUUUACCGUCAGGUUUCAAAUGUCGGCAGGAGGCAUAUAGUUCGGCAAAAAAUUGCUCGUUAUGAAGCAUGUGCUGCUAUUAAUGCGGUAGUCACGCGAUGCGUUCUGUUUCCAGGUGCAGCUUUUCCUCCUUCCCCUUGACGUGCAUGCCAGAAUGUAGACGUGAAAGCCUACCCAUGUAUGUUCCCUGUUCAGGAGUGAAAUCAAACGCUACUGAUUAAUUAUCAAUUGAGUUUGUCUCCAGCAGUAUUGGUGUGUAUGACUUGCAACGUCCGGAGCGUGAUGUGAUGUGAUGUGAUGUGAUGACGUGAUGACUCCAACGUGAUGACGCACCCCGGGUGUGUCGGGGACAUGUUCUGGACCAAAUAAACCACCGGAGAUGA